CAAACCAAGCCCAAAAACACCCGCUCCCUUUCCCUCGCAUUUAGUACGCCUCUUUCUCUCCCUCCUCUCUCUCUCUCUCUGCCUCAACCGUCCUGGCUCCAUCCGUUCCAGCCAACCACACCUGAAAGCUUCAGACCACCACGCCCCUCAAAAAUGCACAGGCAGCUCACCCUCUCCCCGGGCCCGAAGCAGCAGCAGCAGGAGGACGACGGCAGCGGCAGCGACGCGGCGCAGCAGAUGGCGGUGCCAGAGGACUCGGUCACGAACUCCAAGGCCGACAGGGCGCGGUCGGCGAGAUCCAUCCAUCUUAUCCCGCUGCUCACCUUCCUCUGCUUCCUCCUCCUCUUCCUCUGCUCUCACGACCCUUCCCCGUCUGAUAUGUCGAGCUUUGGCGGCGGAGGGAACAGGAGAUUGAGGAUGCUAUAGAAUUCUCAUAGCAAUUAUCUGUUGUGUUGCGUAAUGUUUUGCCGGUUUCAAAAGAUAUUGCAAUGUAUUUUGCGCUCAAAUACAGAGCUGCAUGUUGCACUUGUGCAAGAUUAAGGAAAUCUGGGGCUUUAUGCCACUGCUUGCCUUUGGCAAUACUAUAAUAA